CAUUAUCUCAGCUAACACGAUGGGACUGUCUAAGACUUUAUUUAUUGGAAGUAUAGCAAUCACGCUUAUCACGGUUGCUUUUGGAGAAAAUUCUAAAAGAGGAAUUCUGAGUUCUGAUAGCCAUUUUGAGCCAAGUAACAAUGGUGAGCAGAGUUCUAGGAGAAGCAGAUCUACUGGAGGCUUAGAAGGCUUAAGAGGAUCUGGAAGUAGCCAAGGAUCUGGCACUAACAGUAAAGGCGGUUCAAGUGGAUCAGGAAGUCAAUUACACUCUCAAUAUGGUAAAAGAAGUACCAGCGAAUCGGUUGGAGGCCUAUCUGGUUUAGCCGGUAGCUCUGGAUCAGAUAUUAGCAGUCAACGAGACUCAAUUAGAGGCUCUAAGGGUACUGACAGUAAUCAUGGAGGUUCAAGCGGUGUAUCAAGUGAACCUGGCGGCCUAUCCGGUUUAGGAGGAUCAAAAGAUAACCAUGGAUCCGGUAUUAGUAGCCUAAAAGGAUCGAAUCAGGCUUCAAGUGGUGGUGGAAGUUUAUCUGGCUUAAGAGGAUCUAGAAGUGACCACGGGUCUAACAUUGGUAGUAAAAGCUACUCUAAUGGAGGUGCAAGUGGAUCUAUUAGAGAUUUAGCAGGAUCUGGAAGUAGGCAUGGAUCUGGUAUUAGCAGCCAACUGGGCACAAGUGAUUUAGGUAAAUCAGGAAAUCAAGGAGGUUCUAAUCAUGGCGGAUCAGGGGAAAGUUACGGUGGUUCAAAAGGAUCUUUAGGACAAGGCAGUAAUCCGAAAUCUAUUGGAAAACAGCAUUAAAUUCAAUACACAAUAAUAUCAUUGGAAUACGAAAAACUGUUGAAUAGCUGCUGUAUUUAGUUCUUCUUGUUUUUAAAAAUGUUUAAGAGUACAGAACUUUUUAAAUAAAUAAAGUACAAAAUUA